AAGCACACGACGCCAUUCGUCGCCACCUGCCGCUUUCAACGACUAGAGAUCCCAAACCACGGCGAGGGCAAUGCCGAUCUCCUGCUCCAUCCCCGCCGCCGGCCGCCCUUGAUCCGCCGCCAUGCCUCCGCCGCGCCGCCGGAGGCUCAAGCUCGUCGUGCUCGCCCUCCUCGCCUCCUCCUUCCUCGCGCCGCUCUUCCUCUUCCAUCGAGUCCCCGCCGCCGAUGUCUACUUCUUUAUCGCGAGGAGGGAAUUUGACAAGGAGGGCACGCGGAGGGUGAAGAAUCUGUAUUCUGGGAAAGCGUCUGAUGGCAUGAGACUCAAUGCGCUAGCGCAGGAAGUUGGAGGAGAGAAGCUGCCUGAAGGCGUUGUAUACAAGGAUGAGGUUCCAGAAGUUAUGGGGAGUGCUCCCAGUAAAAAUCAAUCCAUCCAUGGCGAUGCUGGUGAUGGACGGAUUCGGACCAAUCAUAGAUCACCUUCUGAUGGUAGAGAGGAUAAGUACCAAGGAGCUAUGACUCGUUUCCGCUCUCAUCCAUCAACAACAGAUAAGUUGAAGGACAUGAAGGAUCAGAUAAUUAUGGCCAAGACAUAUUUGCAGUUUUCUACACCAAAUAGUAAAUCUCGCUUGUUACGGCAGCUAAAGCUUAGGAUAAAAGACAUACAAAGAAUUCUAGAUCAAGCUAACUCUGAUUCAGACCUAUCCAGGAGUCAUUUGCAGAAAAUGAAAGCCAUGGAUAUUGUGUUGUCCAAAGCUGGUAAGGCUUAUCCAGAUUGCUUUGCUCUAGCAUCAAAGUUACGUGCCCAGUUAUACGAUGCUGAAGAACAGGUUAGGGCUCAGCAGAAUCAGGCUUCAUAUCUUCUUCAUGUGACUGCCAGAACAUUCCCUAAGGGUCUUCACUGCCUAUCCAUGCGCCUCACUACUGAUUUUUUUGCACUAAAGCCCAAAGAUCAAGAGUUGCCUAACAUUGAUAAAGUGCAUAACUCUGAUCUCUAUCAUUAUGCUAUUUUCUCUGACAAUGUAGUGGCUUGUGCUGUAGCUGUGAACUCCACAAUAACCACAGCCGUAGAACCAGAGAAAGUUGUUUUUCAUGUGGUAACCGAUUCAAUUAAUUUUCCAGCAAUGGUCAUGUGGUUUCUAUCAAAUCCAAGUGGAGGAGCCGCUGUUGACAUACAAAGCUUGGAUGAUUUUCAAUUCCUACCGGCUGGUUUCAGUGUCAUGUUUAUGCACCCAUCUUACGCUGAUCCAAGAUACACUUCGCUGCUGAACCACCUUCGUUUUUACUUGCCAGAUAUGUUCCCCUCCUUGAAUAAGAUUUUGCUUUUGGACCAUGAUGUAGUUGUCCAAAGAGAUCUUAGAGAGUUGUGGGCUGUUGAUAUGAAAGGGAAAGUAAAUGGUGCAGUGAACACUUGCAAGGAAGGCAUGCCAUCACAUAAAUUGGAAAUGCUCGUCAACUUUUCAGAUCCUAUUAUAGCUAAAUUUUUUGAUGCCAAGGCGUGUGUUUGGGGAUUUGGGAUGAACAUGUUUGAUCUGCAGGAGUGGCGAAGACAAGGUUUAACAGGAAUUUACCAAAAGUGGGUGCAACUUGGCAAAAGUAGGAAGCUAUGGAGUGCAGGGACUCUUCCUCUUGGUCAGCUACUCUUCUACAACCACACUGUGGCCCUGGAUUGGCAGUGGCAUGUUCCUGGACUCGGUCAUGAAUCCGGCGUAGAAAUGGCAGAGAUUGAGAGGGCAGCCGUGGUACACUAUGACGGGAAUAUGAAGCCAUGGCUGGACAUUGCGAUUCCAAAAUACAAAAGAUAUUGGACCAGGUUCCUUGAUUACAGUAACCCAUACUUCCAACAAUGCAACAUACAUGAAUAAUAUACAGGUUCCAACAAUGCGACAAUGCAAUUCCAAAAUUUACUGGUUUCUCGAGUUAGAAAUUGGGGAUUAAUUCUCCCCUUACAUUUUUUUUCUUCCUUUUUAGUCUUCAAUCAUGUAUAUCUCUACCUUCUAACAGUUUCAAAUUUUUAGGGAGCCUUGGUUGUAUCGAUAUACUAUUGAGGAAUAAAAACAAUUCUGGAAAGAGCCUGACCUGGAACUGGAUAGUUUUGUCAUG